UGGUUGAAACAGAUUAAAACCCCAUGAUCUCAAUUGGAGCUUUCGCUCGAAUCUAUGUAAACCCGAUAGGCAACAUAACCCUAGGCAAUCGUAACUUUAAGGGAAAAGGAUCAAGAAAUCAUGAUCGGAACUGUUGCUUCGAUGGCAUUCUGCAAAUCUAAACAGUUGAAGAAUCUCAUCUUCAUCCCCUUUUUACAUCGCAAAUUUCUUCACAAACCAAGGCUUUCACCAUUAGAGGAUUUUUCUGCUAAUCUCAUAAUGUGGUAGUUUUUCUGAUUUUCUACACAAGGUUUCGGGUCAUGAACCAGCUGUUAUAUCAUACGGAACAGAAAGAUACCUCCAUGGGGGUAUCAUCUGGUCUCAUUCAGCUCCAACUAUGGACAUGGUUCACAAAGUUCUAGAGCCAGCACCAAGAUCUGGAACCGCUAAUGGUUCAGCCGAAGCUAAACCAAAGAGGAAAAAGUUAAAGGGUAAAAGAGCAGUUGUAAGGUGGUUGAAGUUCUUCAGAUUCAAGAAGAAGAAAGAUUACGAAAGAAUGACGGCAGAAGAAAAAAUUCUCUUCAAACUGAGAAAGGCCCGAAGGAAGGAAGAAAGAUUGGUUGAAUCUCUAAACAAAAUCGAACCUAAAGAGACAUCGGAAACAACCCAUGAUCCCGAAAUAUUGACUCCAGAAGAACACUUUUAUUUUUUGAAAAUGGGAAUCAAGAGCAAGAAUUACGUGCCCGUUGGAAGACGAGGGAUAUAUCAGGGUGUCAUUCUUAACAUGCAUUUGCAUUGGAAGAAACACGAGACUCUACAAGUGAUUGUGAAAACGUUCACGCCAGACGAAGUGAAGGAAAUGGCGGUAGAGCUCGCAAGACUGAGCGGAGGAAUUGUGCUCGACAUUAAGGAUGACGAUACGAUCAUUAUGUAUAGAGGGAAGAACUAUUCGCAGCCGCCUACCGAGAUAAUGUCGCCUAGGGUCACUCUCCCUCGGAAAAAGGCAUUAGACAAAUCAAAAUAUAGAGACGCCCUUCGUGCCGUUAGGAAAUACAUACCUAGACUCGAGCAGGAUCUCGAGCUUCUUCGUGCAAAGGCUGAAAAAGAAACAGUUGUUAUGGUUGAUGCGGAAACCCCAUUAAUCGGCACCGAUACUCCUGAAUCUGAAGAACUUUCGAACAUCCAAAACGAAGCUAAACAAAAACUUAGAGAACUCGUUGCUAAAAAUGAUGAAUUCAACGAAGAUGAUCAUUCUGUGACAGGUUCAGAACUAGUCUCGGAUUCAGAAGAUCUGUCGGAUAUUUUCGAGACGGAUAAUGAAACGGAUGACGAAGAGAACAAUGAAAAACCGCUUUAUUUGGAUGAAUUCGAGAAGUUCCCUUUAAAAAGUAAUGAUAUUGAAGACGAUUUUGAAGAGCAUCUUCGGCGGAUUUCUGCCGAGUCGAAGAAAGAAAAGGAUUUGGAACCGGAUUUCGAUGAGGUUGAUCGGGUGGUUUUACGAGCUGCAUCACUUUUAAAGAAGAGGAGGAGAUGAAGGAGGGUUUCGAUGGUCGGACAUGCUCGAGUUCCGGUUUUUGACAGUUGGGGUGGUAGUUAUUUCGAGAUGUUGUCUUGAUGAGCAACGAGUUUAGAAUGUUGAAUUGUUUGAUUGGAUAGAAUCUAAAUAUAUUGAAAGUUGUAUUGUUUUUUUUGAUAUCUAUGAGGAGCAUUUUCAACCCUUAGGGGUCGUUUACUAA